AUGAGAAACCUUGAUAGUAUCUCACAGGAUCCUCCAGCCAAGACCGGGCGCCGGAGGGUCAAGACCGGGUGCCAGACUUGCAAAAAGCGGCGAGUCAAGUGUGACGAGGGACGACCAGCGUGCCAACGAUGCCUCUCAACUGGCCGCGUCUGCGACGGCUACGGCAUCUGGGGCGGCGGCAACAACGCCUACGGAAACCCCGACAAGGCCAUGUCUGCUUCUUCAACCUCUAUGGUUCGCGUCAAGCCGACGCAGACCCUGCGGACGGUUGUCGUCAUGUCGCAGAGGCGCUCCAUCGCCGGUCAGCCCGCAAGUCUCGGCUAUGAGUAUUUUCGGAGAUACACCACCACUAAGCUUCCCGGCCUGUUCGAAUCCGGCUUCUGGGACUCUCUGGUUCUGCAGGCGAGUGAGCAGGAACCGGCUGUCCUGCAUGCUGUCACGGCGUUGGGGGCCGCACAUAAGAACGAAGAGCGCAUCUCGUUGACCGAGUACAACGAGGCGAUUCGGCAUUUACGACAGAGCUUGAAGCGUUCUGACAAAGAGGCGCUUCGUGUGUGUCUCAUCACGUGCAUGCUGUUUGUCUGCAUUGAGUUGCUCAGAGGGGGCUUCACAGCAGGACAUGCGCAUCUCAGCAGCGGUCUCCGCCUUCUCCGCGAGAUUCAGAGGCGUGAUGGGGUCAUUGCCUCUGACGGCGACAUUAUCAUACGAUCACACGCAGAAUCAAUAGAAGACACUCUUGUCGAGGUCUUUUCGCGGCUCAACGUGCAGAUUGCGCUGUUUGGCCACGUCUCUUCGUAUCUGCUGUUUGUGGGCGAAAGUUCAGAGACGUUAAAGACAUACGACAUACCGCCAUCUUUUCCAUCCCUGAGAGAGGCGCGGCAGCAUCUGGAUACUCUGAUCAAUGGGUCGCAUGUCCUCGGAGAGCAAGCCAGCCGUCUGGUUCUGGAACAGCAGCCCAUCCCGGAACUGCUGUACGAGAACCAGCGACGUCUCGAGGCGGCGCUGAUGAGCUGGCUUCGUGCCAUGGACGCAAGUCGCGAGGCAUUGGUCGCUGGAGCCGACGUUCGUACCAAGUUUGCCAUACCGAUGUUGCUCCUCUAUCAUACCAUGACGAGGAUCAUGACAGCUACCUCGUUGCGCGGGACGGACGAGAUGAUAUAUGACCGCCACCUACCGGAUUUCUCGCUGCUGCUCAAGCAGUCGCACGACCUGUGGGAUAUGAUGCGUGCAGCCCUCAGGAGAUUGUAUGGGAAGCGAGGCGCUACCAAGCCGGACAUCAACGUCACCGUCGACAUGGGCUUCAUCCCGCCGCUCUAUUAUGCACUGGCAAAGUGCCGUCAGCCGAAUCUUCGGAGGAUGGUUCUCGAGCUACUAAAGGAUGUUCCGCACCGUGAAGGCGCCUGGGACGGGUUCACAGUGAUCAAUAUGGGUUACUCGCUCAUCGGAAUCGAAGAAGAAGGCAUAUUUGACGGAUGGAACAUCGUGCCGAGUUGCAAGUUGCCAGAGCCGUCUGUGGCGGACGCUUUGCCCGUCGUCCCGGCGUCACAGAGACUGAACAAUGUCAACGUAGCGCUGCCCGACUAUACGAAUGGAAAGGCAACCUUGUUUGGCAGGCAGUAUAAGGGAGAUGGCAAGUGGGAGUCGAAGAUUGUGCAGUUUGAUUCGGUGUUCAGGAAACUGAAUCCGAUCUCUUGGGAACGUCUCCAGAAAACAUCCAGUCUCUCAUGA